AUGAAUGUUUUUCGGCUUUUGGGGGAUAUGUCCCAUUUAUUAGCAAUAUUAAUAUUAUUGCUGAAAAUGUGGAAAACACGAUCAUGUGCAGGCAUAUCGGGAAAAACACAGAUAUUAUUUGCAUUAGUUUUUACAACCAGAUACCUAGAUUUAUUUUCAAGUUUUAUUUCCAUUUACAACACUACAAUGAAAUUGUUCUUUAUUGCAUCCAGUUAUUUCACCAUUUUUCUGAUGUAUUCUAAGUUUAAAGCCACCUAUGAUAGUAAUCAUGAUUCAUUCAGAAUGGAGUUCCUAGUUGUACCUGUUGGUGGCCUUGCUUUCCUUGUUAACCAUGAGUUCUUACCACUUGAGAUUCUAUGGACCUUCUCUAUUUAUUUGGAAUCCGUAGCCAUAUUACCUCAGUUGUUUAUGGUGAGCAAAACUGGUGAAGCUGAAACCAUCACAAGUCAUUAUCUGUUUGCUCUGGGUUCAUACAGAUUGCUGUAUAUAUUUAAUUGGGUUUAUAGAUACUAUUUUGAUGGCUUUUUUGAUUUAAUAGCAGUAGUAGCUGGAUGUGUACAGACCAUUUUGUAUUGUGAUUUCUUCUAUUUAUAUAUCACCAAAGUGUUGAAGGGGAAAAAGCUAAGUCUACCGGCUUAA